CAGAGAAGCGAGCUGCUUCCCCAUUACCUUUGCCACAUGCCUCUUGGAAGGGGUCAUCGCUCUGACAUAACUGAAGGACCCUUUGUUCAAACACUCAGCAAGUUUUAAUUGAGCACCCACCCUGCCCCAUGCCAGGCUCCACGCCCACUUGCCCACGUUCUUUGGUGUCCUAGCAACCAGAACCUCUCAUCCGAGCUCCGGCCAGGACAGAGGUCAUUUUCUCCCUGACUGCCAUGACCUGCAGCCUCCCUAGGCCUCUGAGGACCUGUCCGCACAGCUUGUGGGUUCUGUGAAGGCUUGUCCCCAAGGACUCCCAGAACGCCAGCCCAGCCGGCCCUCCCUGCAGGAUGAGCUUCUCGCUCACGUUCUCCGAGCUGGUCAACAUCGCCAUCCCGCAGUGCGGGGUUGUGAACUUCAAGGCGCUGCACCUCCUGCUCCAGGGCAUCUUGGAGCACAUCCACAUGGGUGAGCUCAAGAAAGUCCUCUCAGGAGAUGAAGACUUUCUCCAAACCUCGCCUACUGUGUUCAUGCCCCGGGAAGCAGACGCCCAGCCCAUCCUCAACCCCAUGAAGAGGCUCAGCGAUAUCUUUGACCAUGUUGUGAGCCGCAUAGACAAGAUGGAGAGCCAGCUGGCCACGCUGCAGGACCUGCCUACCACUUCCCAGCUGCUGGAGGGCAGCCAGGGCACAGGCCAGCCUGCUCAGGAUCUAUGGCACCUGAUAAAGCUCCGGAAGAUGGUAGAGGGUAAUGAAGAAGCCACAGCAAAGUCCAUGAAGACUCUGCAGGAUUUGCUUACUGACAUUUAUGCCCUCAAGAUCACCGCUGAAACUCUCAGAAAGGAUGUGGACAAACUGAAGGAAAUAUUUGACAAGAUGAACCCAGAAAGAGUAAAUGAUUUGGCUGAAGAUCUGAAAGGACAGAACAGGAAGGUGACUGCGCUGCAGCGGGAUGUGGUUUCUCUCCAGAGCAAAAUCCUCACCAUCCCCAAAGCCGAGGACAUGGUACUCUGGAGCGGCCUCCAUGAGGCCAUGUUCACCCCCGGGACUUCUGCAAGGGGACCUAGUCUAUCACAGUUUGAGGAUUCGGAGCUGUGGAAGUUUGCAGAGCGGCAUCCAGACACUGAGCAGCCCCAGACCCCUAGCAUCUCCCUGGAAGCUGCUGGUCAUGUCCAGAUCUCAGAGGCCAUCCUGCAGCCCAGGUUACUGGAGACCGUCUGGCAUUAUGAGGUCCCAGAGCAGCUGGAGGAGGAGGAAUCUGCCCAAGCUAUUCUACUCGGGGCCGAGGGGCCAGGGCAGCCUCAGGGGCUGGAGCCCGGGUCUGUGCCCACGCGGGGGCCGCGGCCUGAGUCUGUUCCUGCACUGGGGCCUGUGCUGGGGCCCAGCCUGACACCUGGGUUCACUCUACCACCUUGGCCUGCCCUUGGAACUGGACCUGUCCCUGGGUCUGGGCCUGUCCCUGCUCCUCGGCCUGCCCCCGGGCCUGCACCUGCCCCAGAGCUUCAGCCUAUACCACCAAGAAGCUGGCCUCCUCCCAGAAGCUUGUCCAGGGGUAGCGCUUGGCCCUUCGGGGGCUUAGGCUCCUUGCAGCCUGGCCCGGGUGCAUCAGGCCCCCUGCCUGCAAAGUCCCAGGUCUUCAGAGCUCCACCACCUGCCACGGAGUUUGGCUCAGCGUGGCCCCGUUCACUGUGGCCACAGUCUGGCCAGGCAGAGAUGAACCUGCUCCCAGCCGUCUUAGAAAAUGAGGAAGAAUUUUUAUCUCAUGAUAUGCCAGUCCCUUGGGACAGGGCCCCCAGGGCUGAGGCCCCCAACGGAGCACCUGCUAAAACUCCCUGGACUGCCCUCCAGCGGUUGAAGACCACUGCUGGCAUGGCAGCUGCCGCUGCCACUGCCUAUGCAGCCACUGCCACCUCAGCAGCCCGGAAAGCCGAGGCUGUUGCCAAGGCCAUCAUAGAUGCCCCGGCCACCAAGUUGGCCACUGUAGCAACGGCCGCGGCUGCCUCGGGGCCCUUAGGGGUCUUGGCAGACAUCCUGGGUGCAGGCUCUUCCCGUGGAGCCUUCUCUUUCAGUGAGGAUACAGAGAUAGAAGACUUGCAGGUGUUCGAAGAUGACCUCUCUUCCCUGUAUGUUGCUGCUGGCCUCCCUCCCGAAAGCACCCUGUCCCAGGCCAUGCUGGCCGCCCAAAAGGCCUUGACCCCUGAAGACAAGAAGACGGCCGUCAGGUACUCCAUGGGCCACAUAGCCCAGAUGCCCCUGAGACACGACUCCCUCAAAGAAGAGUUUGCCCAGCUGUCGUCCAACCUCCAACAGCGCCUGACUUAUCUAGCUAAUUUGGGAGCUUCUUCCAAGCUUGGGACGACAGUGGACACACUACAGGAAAAGAUUGGGAGCCUCCAGAGAUCCAGAAUGAAGGAAGAGGAACUCGAGAGAAUUUGGGGCCACCAAAUAGAGAUAAUAAAGGAUCACCACCUCGUGCUGGACAGGGCAGUGGAAAAGCUCCAGAUUCGCCUAGAUGACUUAAAGAUUGUCCAUGCUCAAAUUAAAAACCUCGAAAUGCACAAGGUGGACAAAAGUGAGCUGGAGCAGGAGUUGAAAGAGAAAGCUGACAGGAGCACCCUGGCAAGCAAGGCAAGCCGGGCUGACCUGGAGACGGUGGCAACAGAGCUGAACGAGAUGAUUCAGGGCAUGCUCUUCAGGGUUGUGACCCACGAGGAUGACUGGAAGAAGGCUCUGGAGCAGCUGAGCAAGGAUGUGAGCACCAAGCUUGUCCACAGUGAUUUGGACCAUCUGAAGAAGGAUGUGGAUGAGAUCUGGAAAAUAGUCGGGAAGCUCCUGAUCGAAGGCCUCAGAUUCGACCCCGAUAGUGCCGCCGGCUUUAGGAAGAAACUGUUUGAGCAGGUGAAGUGCAUCUCCUGCGACCGGCAGGUGGAGCUGAUGACUGGCCCGCAGCUCAUCACCAUCCGCAAAAGCCACCUGCUGUCGCGGCUGCGGCCAGCCAGCGCCAACACCUAUGAGUACCUGCAGUGGCAACAGCUGAGGGAACAGCGGCGGCUACAGCAUCUCCAGGACCUUGGAGACCAGGACAGGAGUCUGGAUCCACUGAGGUCCCAGCAGGACUGGGGUGACGGCCCCGGCAAAGAUACCAACCUCAAGUUCAACUCAUAUGACCUGUCAACACUCUACCCCUAUGGGGACCCCGAGGUGUUGGACUAUGACACCGCCGAGGUGGACAUUCUGGGAGUGGAUGGGAUCCUGUACAAGGGCCGAAUGAGCAGCCAGGAUGGGCCACGGCCUCUGACCAGUGUUGAGAAGGAGCUGGCAGCUGUGAAGGUUCCGCACCCCCCAGCUCGGAACCCCUACGAGCGGGAACGCUCCAGUAGCUUAUAUACCACCAUCUACCCGCCCCUGCACCCCCACAGCAGCGUGCGCUCGGCUGCCCCGGGCCCCCCGCCUACGAUGCCAGCUCGGCCUCCGUCGCUGCCGCCCCUGCCACUGCUCCCACCACUGACGCCCUCCCUGCGGGCCGCCCAGCAGGCUCCAGGGCCCGCCCGGCACCCUCGGCCCCGAGCCAGCACGCAGCCCUCCGAGGAGCCCACCAGUCUGACUGCGUCUAAAUGAGGCCAAGCUAUUCCUGGGGCCGACCUAGACCCUGCACCCACCCCCAUGUCACACACAGAUGACUAUUUUUGGCAACUUCUCCCCAGAAUAAAAUCUUUCA